AUGAGCUACCGAGCUUCCAAUAUGAUUGAGUACGAUGGGAGUCGAGCCUCGGCGCUGACCCGGGUGAUGAUGGACGGCGAUGUUGUCAACGAUAAACCGAAGCCCUUGACCAAUAAGGAAAAGUUUGACAAGUGGAUGAUCAACGAAGGUUACCGACGACUAUUUGUAUUUAUAUUCAUGAUUGCACAUGCCAUGAUCUUCGGCUUUGCCUGCGUACACUACGCUGUCAAAGACAGUCUCCAAAGUGCUCGUGAUACAUUCGGCUUCACGUUUACAAUUGCUCGCGCGUCGGCACUGGUCCUGCAUGUCGACGUGGGAAUUAUUCUAUUCCCUGUUUGCCGAACCCUCAUCUCGCUUCUGCGCCAGACGACCCUAAACGGAAUUAUCCAGUUCGACAAGAACAUCACCUUUCAUAUCACGACGGCGUGGUCCAUUGUGUUCUGGGCAUGGGUUCACACCAUUGCUCAUUGGGUCAACUUUGGAAAGAUUGCCGCCAAAAAUGGUCUUGGGUUUUACGGAUGGCUACUCGCCAACUUUGCUUCUGGCCCAGGCUGGACCGGCUAUGUGAUGCUCAUUGCGCUUAUGGGCAUGGUCAUGACCUCGGUUGAGAAGCCAAGACGUGCAAACUACGAGCGCUUCUGGUACACCCACCACAUGUUCAUCAUCUUCUUUUUCUUCUGGGCCCUGCACGGUGCAUUCUGCAUGAUUCAGCCCGAUGUGGCACCAUUCUGCGUUAGUGUCGGCACCUCAGCUAUUGGUGUUUUCUGGCAGUACUGGAUGUAUGGUGGCCUAGCGUACCUUGCCGAGCGAAUUGCACGCGAAGUCCGUGGCCGACACAAGACCUAUGUAUCCAAAGUCAUUCAACAUCCUAGCCAAGUGUGCGAGAUACAGAUCAAAAAGGAACACACAAAGACCAAGGCCGGACAGUACAUCUUUCUCUGCUGCCCUGCUGUGUCUCUUUGGCAGUACCAUCCGUUUACGCUCACCAGUGCUCCCGAGGAAGAUUACAUUUCCGUCCACAUCCGAUGCCAAGGUGACUUCACCAUGGCGCUUUCCAAGGCCCUGGGCUGCGAGUGGGACAAGAAAUCAGAUUCCAGCAAAGUGGUCGGUGUUGAGGUGGACACCAAGGACAACGUCGACCCGCGACUACGCAGAGUUCUGCCACGACUAUAUGUGGAUGGACCUUUUGGAUCUGCUUCUGAGGAUGUGUUCAAGUAUGAGACGUCUAUCCUCGUCGGCGCAGGUAUCGGAGUCACCCCGUUUGCGUCGAUCUUGAAGUCCAUCUGGUACCGAAUGAACUACCCCAAGGAGAAGACGAGGCUGUCCAAGGUGUACUUCUUCUGGGUGUGCCGAGACUUUGGCUCGUUUGAAUGGUUUAGAUCACUGCUAAUGGCUGUCGAGCAGCAGGAUCUCCAGAACCGCAUUGAGAUCCAUACUUACCUUACAGCCAAGAUCAAGCCCGAUGACAUGACCAACAUCUACCUCAACGCUGCCAAUGCGGACAAGUGCCCCAUCACCGGGCUCAAGUCGUCAACGAAUUUCGGUAGACCCAACUGGGACAUGAUCUUCAAGGGCAUUCGCAAAUUGCAUUGCCCUGGCGAGGCAGGUGUCUUCUUCUGUGGCCCCAAGGGUCUCGGUAGCGCCUUGCAUGUUCAAUGUAAUAAGUACAGUGAACCUGGAUUCUCCUUUGUUUGGGGUAAAGAAAACUUUUAG